GAGAUAACCGGUGCUGGGUGGAGCUGCCGGAAGGUUAAGUCAGUGGAGCAGAAUGUGUAGCAGAGGCUGAGCACACCUGCUUUCACUUUGUGUUUAUUUCCAGACAAGAUAAGUCGACGUGACAUUGCCAUGAAGAGGAAGAAAGAAAGAAGUUGAAGAUCGGGGGGACUUUGGUGUGAAGCCAAGAUCCCACUUUGUCUCUGGUUGGACUUUCCCGUCCUGUCUCGGAAGAAACCCAAGGAACUUGCCAAUAUUGUGACUGGUGCCCACAGAGUUCUAAGGGUCCUGCAGCAACAACUGUGCUCCAUCUUCUGCUUCUGCUACUCAUUCUAAUGGAAUCAUGGAAAACUCUACGAACAGCUCCAGCUGCACGAUAAACAAGGAGUUCACAUUCCGCUACUUGCCUUCUGUUUACCUCAUCGUCUUUCUCAUCGGCUUGUUUGCCAACGUCUUCGGCUUGAGGAACUUGAAAAUAAACCGUAAGAAGUGGACGUCCCUCAAUGUCUUUGUGCUAAACCUCGGCAUCGCCGACCUCCUCUACGUCAUCACCCUGCCGUUCUUCGUGUCUUAUUAUCUCAAGGGAGAAGUCUGGUUGUUUGGCCAUGGAUUCUGCCGCCUCGCCCGGUGCCUCUUUCACGUCAACAUGUACUCCAGCAUCAGCUUCCUCACCUGCAUCAGCGUCCAACGCUACUUGGGAAUAGUCCAUCCCAUGAAAAUGAUGGGGACCUUCCAGAACCUACGUCUCUCUGUUUAUAUCAGUUUACUCAUGUGGAUAUGGGUCAUUGUUCAGGUUAUUCCCAACUUUUUUAUCUCCGAGAGCAACCCUGAUAACGCCCACUGCCAUGACUCCACCAGCAAUGAAAAUCUGGAAAAAUUGGAGAAGUAUACACUUUAUACAAUGAUCUUAACCGUUACCGGGUUUUUCAUCCCGUUCCUCAUCAUCGUGGUGUGUUACGCCAGAGUCCUGACCGUCCUCCACAGGAAUAAAAAUAUUGACCCUGUUUUAAAGAGGAAGAGCAUCAAGCUGGUCGCUAUCGUGUUGGCUUUGUUUUUCAUUUGUUUUUUACCCUUCUAUAUUUUACGGAACUUCAAUUUGUUCUCAAGGCUGUGGCAGAAGGAGGGGACCUGCUCGCCUUCCCUGAAGAGCGCCUAUAUCGUUUAUCAGGUGACUCGAGGGUUGGCCAGUAUGAACAGCGCCAUCAACCCUCUGCUUUACUUUGUGACCAAUGAGACCUUUGCUAUGAAAUUCCAGCAGAUGCAGAGAAGCACCUUGCGUGCUUUUUUGUACCUCGGAAGGAAUCAGGACAUCACUUUUGAGACCAUGGACCUUAAAGAGGUAUCUGAAUCAAAGGCAUAGUCAUGGAGACAGCAGACUCAGAAGCUAGUUGGGGGCCCAGGAGUAAAGAAAGCCUUGCAGAUCUAGUGCAAGCAUGCAGGGUCCUCUUUAGUUGGGAUGGGGCCCCUUGAGCUGAUGGAGUUACAACUCCC